UUGACCUUGCAUGCGUCUUCGCAGACCUGACGAUCGGUAAGGAGGUAGAGGCAAGCCUUGCUGACGCCGUACCCGGAUAUGACUGCCCUCUCCUAAAGUAGCUUAGUGCUGCCUGCUACUAGCGUGAGCCCUUCCUCCCCACAUUCUUCAUCUGAAGGCUCACCGCUUGCUGCCUGACAAAGUACGCGCAUGCAAGCUCCAUUCUGUGUCUCAAAUUCCUCAGAGUUUUCUCACAAUGGGUCCUUCUGCUUGCGCACAUCGGCGGCACCCGAAAUACUACGCUAGCGACGGAAAAGUGGGCUGAAAAGACUUCUUGCUCCGACAACACAUAAAGAGCUUGACUUGCCCAUAUGUUCGAAAAGCUAAUCGGCGGACUCAAACAACAACCAUAGCAUCAACAUGUGCCAAGUACCACUUCACAACUUCCUGGCCGAGCUGCCGAAAUGCGAGCACCAUCUUCACCUGGAAGGCUGUUUGUCACCGUCUCUGACCUUCAAGCUCGCAGCGAAGAACAACAUCAAACUGCCAAGCAAGGAAGAGAAGCCAGAGUACGAGUCGGUUGAGACACUCGAGAAACGCUAUGAGCACUUUGAUAACCUCCAGGACUUCCUCGACUGCUACUACCUGGCCCUGGAUGCAGUCAUCACCAAGGACGAUUUUGAGAUGCUAGGCUGGGAGUACUUCACAACAGCUCACGCGGACGGUGUCAAGCAUGCGGAAGUCUUCUUCGACCCCCAGAGCCACACAGACCGUGGCAUCGCGUUCGAGACUGUGGUAGCUGGGUUCAAUGCCGCAUGUGAGCGCGCAGAGAAAGAGUUUGGAAUUACCAGUCAGCUGAUCAUGUGCUUCCUACGUCACUUGCCCGCAAGCAGCGCUGCGAAGACGAUGCAGAGCGCUAUUGACGGUGGUUUCUUCAAGCAGCAGCAGGGCAAGGACCGUGUCAUUGCCGGAUUGGGGCUUGAUUCCAGCGAAGUCGGGUUCCCGCCAGAGCUGUUCAAGGAGCAGUAUGCGCAAGGAAAGGAGCUGGGACUGCACAGGACUGCGCACGGGGGCGAGGAAGGCGACCCAACGUACAUCAGCGGCGCGCUAGACUCCUUGCACUGCGAGCGCAUUGACCACGGCAUCAAGCUUGUUCAGGACCCGGAGCUGUUGGCACGCGUUGUGAAGGAGCAGAUUCUGUUGACAGUCUGCCCGUUGAGCAACGUCUGCCUACAGGCUGUCAAGGAGGUUGGCGAGGUGCCCAUCAGGCAGUUCCUCGACGAGGGCGUCAAGUUUAGCAUCAACAGCGACGACCCCGCGUACUUUGGCGGCUACAUUCUCAAGAACUACUGCGCCGUACAGAAGGCUUUCAACUUGAACAAGGACGAGUGGAAAAGCAUUGUGCAGAACUCGAUCAACGGCAGCUGGAUUGGGCAGCAGCGAAAGGAGGAGUUGCUUGCUAUGCUUGAGGAGUGCAUGAAGAAGCACGCGUAGGUUGGAGGCUUGCAAGCAAGGCGAAGCGGGAGGCGACGGAAGGCCGAGAAGAUACCCACACCAGCAUGACAUUCGAUUGAAGCACAACACCGCCAUGAGUCGAGUUCGUUGUUACACGAGUGAAGUGAACCACGCUGGUAUUUCGGUGGGGUUAUCAGCGCAGCUUAGGCAGCAGGAUCGGCGUAUCG